CAGGGCGGCUCCGGGGGCGCGGCCUCAGGAUCGGGGUUUCCCUCCUCCGGGGCGGGGGAAAUUCCCAGCAGCGCCCUGUGAUGACGCAGGGCGCUCGCGCAGCCGCCGCUGUGAGAUCGGACGGCAGCCGCUGGGCCCUGUUCUUAGUGGGGUAGCAGGCCCGGAGACCGAUGUUACCGGUGAAAAAGCUGGCGCGGCCCCCAGCCCACACCGCCACCCACUUACGAGGCGAACCUCGUUGUCUUACCACCUUCUAGGCCAUGGGCAAAAUCAAAGCUAAAGGGUCAAAGCCGAAGAGCGUCUUCCACGUGGCCAGCACCAGAUCCCUGAAGGCCAAGAAUAAAGCUAAACCGGUCACAACAAGUCUGAAGAAGAUAAACAUUGUGAAUGAUGAAAGAGUUAGAACGGUAAAUAAAGCAUUUACUGAAGUACAGAAAGAAGUCAAACAACUAUCAAAAGGCAUUUCAUCAAAAUCUCAAAAGAAGCCUCGGGUUUCCAAGCACCUGGAAGGUGAACCAGCUGAUGUGGAUGCAGCUGCAAGCUUAUUGUCUCAGUUGUAAUGCAUAAUGAAAUAGCUAUGAAUUUCAAAAGCAAAAUUUACUGGCAAAAAAUCAGUAGAUGGCACAUACUGAAUACUCUGUUUGUACAGUUUUAUUAAAAAAAUCUUGUUAAUAUACAA